UCAAACAAAAACCCACCCAUUUCCCCAAACCCCAAACCCCCAAUAACCAUUUUCUUUUCUUCACCAAAUCCCAUUUCCCUGGUAAUGCCAAGCAGCCCUUUUGGGUUCAAUGGGUCCUCAAGAAUCUGAGACUGGCAGUGAUAAGUUCAGACUCCUUGUGAAACUUUCUUCGAACACUCCUGUCUUUGGCUGCAGAAUGUUCCCUAUCGUUCGUGUGAGUAGGCACCAAUCUUUCCUUCAACUUGAAGUCCCGCCUCACGAGCUCACUUUCUCAUGGUACCGAGAGCAGACUAGCUCUUCUUUUGACCGGGAGAAGGUUCGCUGUUCUGUCCAUCUUGACAUGUUGGCCAAAAUGCAGUGCGAGGAAUGUGUAAAACUGAAUUUAUCUGUCAAGGGAAGUUACCAUUGCUCUAAUAGUUGUUACGUGGAUGCAUGGGAAAAGCACAAGGUGUACCAUCGUUAUGCAGCUGAAACUGUUAGUGAGACUUUGAGUAACAAUCAACAAGAAGUAAGAAAUAUCAAGAGUUAUGGGCCUGAUAAAUAUUGGCCGGAGUCUGACUUUGUUGUGGGUUCAUCAUCUGAUAAGAAUGAAAAGGUGAUGGAACCGGACGGGAAAAUUUGGAUUAAAGUCAGUUCUUCGAAGUCUUAUGCACCUACAGAGCAUGAUAUUGGACACCGUCUGAGACUGGAAUGUGCAGCUGUUGAUUGUUCAAUGGGUACUAAUAUCACCCCAGUAAACAUCACAGUGACUGAUCCUGUGAUUUAUCCUCCUGCUCAUCCACCUCGUUCUACAAUUAAAUGCGUCUGGAAAUCUUGGAACUCUGGUCUGGAAGCACACUCUUCCAGUGAUUUGACAUUUAGUGUGCUCUCCUAUAAUAUCCUUGCCGGUAUUUAUGCUACUGGUAAUAGGUACAGCUACUGCCCAGAGUGGGCUCUGUCAUGGGAAUACCGUAUGCAAAAUAUAAUUAAUGAGAUCAUUGAAUAUGACGCAGAUAUCCUAUGUCUUCAGGAGGUACAGAGAGACCAUUUUGAGGAUUUACUCAAACCUGCGUUGGCAAAAUGUGGAUACUCAGUUCUAUACAAGACGAAAACCAAAGAGGUGUAUACGCCUAACCAGUAUACAAUUGAUGGUUGUGCUACAUUUUACCGGCGUGAUAAAUUCAAAGAAAUUGUGAAAUAUGAGCUUGAGUAUGAUAAAUCAGCAUUGCCAUUUGUAGAAGCAUUGGAACCUGAAUUGAAAAAAGAUGGUCGCUUUCGUCUGUUGAAGGACAAUGUUGCACUUGUCGUUAUAUUAGAAAGAGUUAAAAAUGAGGGAUCCUUCGAUGGCAAUCAACCUAGAAUUUGUGUGGCAAAUACCCAUAUACAUGCAAGUGAAAAAUUUCCAGAUGUAAAAUGGUUUCAGGUUGUGAGCCUCAUCAAUGGACUUGGGACAAUUGCCAACUCAAAAAUUCCUCUAUUGAUUUGUGGGGACUUGAACUCUCUUCCUCUGAGUAAUCCUCAUAGUUUCAUAAGUAAGGGCAUACUUCAGAGUGUUCCCAACAAGGAAACUGAUCCGUUAGGGGUAUAUCAGUAUCUCCGGCCUCGUCCUAUAUAUAAGCUGAAAAGUGCAUAUGCGUGUUUUUUUCAGUCAGAUGGUAUUGAGGAGCAACAACGAAGGAAGAUGGAUUCUGAAACCAUGGAGCCUAUAUUCACCAAUUUCACAUCAGAAUUCACAGGAACUCUGGAUUAUAUCUUCUUCACAGUUAAUAGUUUAAGGCUUGAAAGUGUACUGGAGCUUCUUGACAAGGAAGCCUUAGGUUCUGGUCUUCCAUCUCCUCAAUGGUCAUCAGACCAUAUUGCCCUCAUGGGAAGUUUUACUUUUACCCUUGAACGAAGCUCUUACCAGGGUCAGCGCUUACUACCAUAUCUGCCCAGUCCAUGGAGAACAGCAGCUGCACAGUAAUAAGUUUUACAGGAAAGCUGAAGAUGAUUGAUAGACUAAUGUCUGGUAAUUUGUAUAGAAUGUAUUCAUUCUAUUCAAAACCGACGGUGAUUACUACAUGAAAGCUGAAGAUGAAUAAGAGAUUAGUGUCAGGUAAUUGCAGAAAAGCAGCAACUGGCCAGUAGGUACUUCUAUAGGAUAGAUGAAAAUACACAGAAAGAUUAGCAAACAGGUCAUAUGAUAUUUUAGGUCAAUAUGUAUAUACACAGAAGAUUAGACACAGAGGAUUAGCAUUGAAACUUUCUUCCCCAUCAACAAUCAUGUAACUUGUGUUGGGUUUCCAAAACAGUGAUAAUUCAUCUUUUUUCACCAUGGUAAAU